AUCACACAGUCGUCCUGCCUCGAGAACCAAUGGAGGAGCCAACAGCAACACAAGGCGGCGGCGGCGGGAGGGCGGCAACGACGUGAGCUGAUAAUGGUUACGAUAGAUUCAUCGCCACGCCGAGUACCUCUCCCUCCACCUCAAAGCACUUGCGCAAAGUUGAAGACAAGAAUGAAGGAGACCUUCUUCCCCGACGACCCUUUUCGCCGCUUCAACGGCAAGCCUCCAGCACCAAAUGGUUACUCGGAGCUCAGUUUUCCUCUUCCCCAUACUUGAUGGGCCCCACAUUACAUUCUCUUCUCAAGGCUGAUCAUUUUGUCUCUGGCCAUCACAAUAGCCAGUCUAGCCUUUCCACAGGGAAUCAGCUACGCUGGUCUUGCCAAUCUGCCGCCUAUAUCGGGCUAUUACUCGAGCUUCAUACCGCCGCUGGUCUAUGCGGUGCUGGGAAGCUCAAGGGAUCUGGCGGUCGGCCCCGUCUCGAUCGCGUCGCUCAUCAUGGGGUCCUUGCUCCGGCAAGUCGUCAGCCCCAGCUCCAGCCCGGCUCUCUUCCUUCAGCUGGCCUUCACCUCCACCUUCUUCGCCGGCCUCUUCCAAGCCGCCCUCGGCAUCCUCCGGUUGGGAUUUAUUAUUGAUUAUCUUUCAAAGGCGACUCUGGUGGGGUUUAUGGCCGGAGCUGCCAUUAUAGUGUCGCUGCAGCAGCUCAAAGGAUUGCUGGGCAUUGUUCAUUUCAGCCAGCAGAUGGCUCUGGUCCCUGUUAUGAGCUCUGUUUUUCACGAGACACGUGAGUGGUCGUGGCAAACAGUGAUAAUGGGGAUCUGCUUCUUGGGCUUGUUGCUAUUGGCGAGACACAUAAGCACCAAAAAGCCAAAACUGUUUUGGGUAUCAGCAGGGGCACCAUUAGCAUCAGUGAUUGUUUCUACACUUCUUGUUUUCCUAUUCAAAGCUCAAAAACAUGGAAUCAGCGUUAUUGGAGAGCUAAAGCGUGGACUUAACAGUCCUUCCUGGGAUAAAUUACUUUUUCAUAGCUUCUAUUUGGGAACAACAGUGAAAGUAGGUCUUAUUACUGGGAUUGUAUCUCUUGCUGAAGGAGUGGCUGUUGGAAGGACGUUUGCUGCAUUGAAAGGAUAUAAAGUUGAUGGAAAUAAAGAGAUGAUGGCCAUUGGAAUAAUGAACAUUAUCGGCUCAUGUACAUCAUGUUACAUUACUACAGGAGCCUUCUCCCGUUCUGCUGUGAACCAUAAUGCUGGAUGCAAAACAGCAAUGUCUAAUAUAGUGAUGUCCAUGACUGUGAUGGUGACACUGCUCUUUCUGAUGCCACUUUUCAUCUACACGCCUAAUGUUGUGCUCGCAGCCAUUAUAAUUACUGCAGUUGUUGGACUCAUCGACAUAACUGCAGCAAUUCACAUCUGGAAGAUGGACAAAAUGGACUUCCUUGUUUGCAUUUGUGCAUUUUUGGGAGUUGUCUUCAUCUCAGUCGAAGAAGGACUAGCAAUUGCUGUAGGUUUGUCAAUACUAAGGAUCCUUCUCCAAAUAACAAGACCUAAGAUGGUUAUUCAAGGGAACAUACCAGGGACUGAUAUAUAUAGGAACCUACAUCAUUAUAAUGAAGCUACAAGAGUUCCAGGUUUUCUGAUUUUGGCAGUUGAAGCUCCCAUUAACUUUGCAAAUGUGACAUAUGUCAAUGAAAGAAUUUCAAGAUGGAUAGAAGAGGAAAAGGAGAAGCAUAUCACCUUCCAAUUUGUCAUCUUAGAUUUAUCCGCGGUUAGUGCUAUUGAUACAAGCGGGAUCUCUUUUUUUAUGGAAUUAAAAAAGACAACAGAGAAAGAAGGUUUAAAGCUUUCCUUCAUAAAUCCUGUGGGAGAAGUCAUGGAGAAAUUACAGAGAGCAAAUGGCCUUCACAGUCUUUUUGGACCAGAAUAUUUCUAUUUGACUACAGGGGAAGCAAUAAUUUGGCUUUCAUCUCUGUCGAAGGAAUCAAGACAAGGAUCCAAAGGAACAAGCGGUAUUUCUAACCUAUAAUUGCAAAUGACCUCUAGAUCUCUAUAUGGGCAAUUAAUCAGCAACUUCUUGCACUCUUUUUGCUCCCUAACUGAAGUAUUUGAAUUGUACUGGAGUAGGUUUGGGAAAAGGAAGUAAGCUUGAGGGAGAAAUUGCAUAGCUUGCAAGAAAAUCAACGCAAUAUAUCUUCAUCCAAAGUAUUUUAUUUCUGAUGGACUCAAAGGGUGAAGAGAAGUUACCGAUGAUUUUCUUGCAAGUUAUGCAAUUGCUGCCGCAAGCUUGUUGCUUCCCUUUGCCAGAUCUAGUGUGGACACCAAACAAAUCAAUUAGUAAAGUGGAAUGCUCAAUUAUGCGCAAAAAGCAUAUAAAAUAAGAAUUACUGACACAACUUAUCUAGAUGGAUUUCAACAUAACUAGCAUAUGGCCUAGAAUGAAGGUCUACAAGAUCAUGUUUAAAAUUUUUAUGGGUACUGACUGAACUUAAAACAUUCUGGUUAGGAUGUAGUUUUCAUUACUCAUAUUCGUGCAUGCUAAUAUAUUGUAAAUUGUGCAAAAGUUUUCUUCUAUAGCAAUUGCAGAGUCAUUAACACCAA